AAAAGAGUCGAUGGCUGCUGACCUGUGGCCAACAUUGAAAGGGGAAGGAGAUUCUAUAAAUCAGCUCCACAGGGCGGCCGGGCCACCGAGCUGCAGAUCAGCUGUGGAGAGAGGACCUCGUCGUCACCAUGAACUUCUCCGGGAAAUACCAGCUGCAGAACCAGGAAAACUUUGAGCCUUUCAUGAAGGCUAUUGGUCUGCCUGAUGACCUCAUCCAGAAAGGAAAGGACAUCAAGGGGGUGUCGGAGAUUGUGCAGAAUGGCAAUCACUUCAAGCUCACCAUCACCACUGGCUCCAAAGUGAUCCACAAUGAGUUCACCUUGGGAGAGGAGUGUGAGCUGGAAACCAUGACUGGGGAGAAGGUCAAGGCAGUAGUCCAGAAGGAAGGUGAGAACAAACUGGUGACAACAUUCAAAGGCAUCAAGUCUGUGACUGAACUCAAUGGUGACACCAUCACCAAUACCAUGACGCUGGGCAACAUUGUCUUUAAGAGAAUCAGCAAGAGAAUCUAGACAAGUCUGCAGUUCCUAUUCUUUUACUGUGUAAAAAUAAUGUAAUAAAGUGAAAUUUGUUUUAAAAUA